CAAUCAUGUUGCCCAUUGAAAGUUAUGUCACGUGUGGAAAAGUUUUGAGGGAUCUUGGAAAUUCGCGCUAAUGAUGCUGCACCAAUAAAAUCCCAGUCAAAAUGUCCCCGCGUCGCGUUUCUGGGUCAUUAUGUAAUCUUACCUUGAACUCAAAGUACAAUUAUCCUCUUUCCUAUAACAUGGGAGUAUUAUUGCCAAAAAAGUUUCUAACCCAUUUUGAGCAUUCAUAAGUCCGAAGACAUUGCGAUCAGCCAAACAAUUCCACAAACUCGUCCCAAAUCACUGCGGGGUCUAGAAUUAAUGGCUCCGGCACCUGGCUCUCAGUAUCCCCUUUACAACACUACUUUUUCCAUAUAUCGUGCCUCUCCGCUCUACAUUGGCAAAGACGUUCUUAAUAAUGCGGAUUUGCAAGUACAUGCACGUCGAUUUCGAGAUAUAUUAGCAGGUGAUGUUUUACGGGGUGUUCGGGUUGGAUUAGGGUCCGAAGAUGAUACAUUGGCUCGUGUAGGUGCUCUGCAAACGGUGGUAUGGAAAGUUUUUAGAAGAGAAUCGGAAUGGGCUGUCGAGGAUACAACAGAAGAGACCCUUGGCGAGUCUGGGACGGAGAGUACACAUAAUCAUGGAAUACUGGUGGAAGUCAAUUACGAGAAAGCGAAUUACACUGCAAUUUUAAUACGCUCGACUCCCGAAGACGACAUGGACGUCUCAAUCAUGCAGUCUUCCGAUGAUGAAUCUGUAUUUUUGCGUCUACCUUUGCUAUUAACACGCAUGCCAUUGUCGUUAAGAGAAACAUUCAUUCAAUACGUCUGUCAGAUUUUCGAUACAAGGGUGUCGGCCCUAAAGUUGGAAGGAAACGAUUUGACGAAAUCAUUCGAGCAAUACACAUCCAACACGAUCAACGAAGCUGCAACAGCCGAAGAGCGCCAAGUUGGUAUACAAAAGAUCAUUAAAGAGAUCCAAAUAUCCAUUGGCUUUGACAUACCUGAUGGAUCUGCUACUCUCAAAACUAUUGAAAUCCAUAUUGCCAGGGAGGAUCUACCUCGUAUGCUUUCACGAGGAAAUAAAAUCACCAAAGAUGGAUCUCCGUUUAUGGCUGCAUUGAAAAGUUACAUCAAGGCGCAUUUGGCAUUGGACCUAAAUCAUGAGAAGGUGAAGAUUGUUAAGAUUGCAUGUGGCGCGUUUGUACUUGGCGAAGGAAGGUUAAAGCUCACACAGCCAUCGAGUGUUGAGCAUGAAGAGGGCGGACAAUAUCGGGCAACAAGACAACUCCUCAACGACCUUGUGAAUAUUGCUUCGAGACGAGGACUGUUAGGGGAGAAGUGAACGCUAUAAUAGCUUCGCAUGUCGAAAGACGUUCAUCUCACGAAAAGAUGCCUUAGACACUUCACCCAAUCAGAAAUGAACUCAACUGACCGGAGAAGCUUCGAGAAGGUAUUCGAGCUCUCGGGCUGAUACUAUAGAGUUCACCCUAACAUCUUGCUUGAGCAUAGCCGCGCGAUAAGCGCUGGAUACCAGGAGAUGUGGCUUGCCAUUUCCUAUGCAAAAUAGGGUCAUGACGAAGCAAAACGCAGAUCUAAUACUUUAUAUGACCUGACUUAAAUAAUAAUAGAUACAAUGACUACU